AUGUUUGUUGGUUUAAUUCAACAUUGUGAACAGAUUGCAAUGUCAACAAUUAUAUUAUCGCAAGCAUUAAAUGUAUAUUUUUAUGGUUUACUGAAUUUAAUUGAUACUUUUCCAGCUAUUAUUAUUGCAAUGAAAUAUUCAACUGCUCAUAAUGGAAUUGAGCUGAUGGAUAUUGAUGUAAAUAAAGCAACUGUUUGUGGAUUAAAUCGAUGUUUUGUACAUGAAGUACUAUCUCGUCAAAAAUCAUAUCUGAAUGAUUUACUUGUAUCAUAUUUACAAUUUAUUACAUCAUUACGAUCAGAAUGUAUUGAUUAUGGUUUUUGUUAA